GUGUGUGCCCAAGCUCCAGGGCCUCUCUCCAGGAAGAUGGCUGACCACCAAAAUGACACUCUGAGAAUUGUUCUGGUCGGGAAAACUGGAAGUGGGAAAAGUGCCUCGGCAAACACCAUCCUUGGGGAAGAGAAGUUUGAAUCUAAGAUUUCUGCCCAAGCUGUGACCAAGACCUGUCAAAGAGCAACCCGAGCAUGGAAGGGAGGACAGCUUCUUGUUGUGGAUACUCCAGGGCUCUUUGACACCAAGGAGAGUCUGAAGACCACGUGUGAAGAGAUCAGUCGAUGUGUCCUUUACUCCUGCCCAGGACCUCACGCCAUCAUCAUGGUCAUGCAGCUGGGCCGCUACACAGUGGAAGAGCAGAACACUGUUGCAUUGAUCAAGACAGUCUUUGGGACGGAAGUCACAAAGAACAUGAUAGUCUUGUUCACUCGCCAGGAAGAGUUGGAGGAUGACAGCCUCGAUAGAUUCCUGAAAAAUGCGGAUGCGAACCUAAAAAGCAUCAUCAAGGAGUGCGGGAACCGCUGUUUUGCCAUUAGCAACAAAGUAGACAAGGUGGAGAAGGAAGUUCAAGUGCGGAUGCUGGUGGAGCUGAUAGAUAAGAUGGUGGAGAACAAUGGAAGGGCUUACUUUUCUGACCGCGUAUACGAGAACAUAGAGGAAAAGCUGCAAAAGCGUGGAGAGAUUCUGAAGAAAAUUUAUGCUGAAGAACGAGAUAAUGAAAUCCGACUAAUAGAACAGGAAUGUGCUACUAAGCUAGAGGAAGAAAAGGAGGAACAAAUAAAAUUAGCAAAGAGGAGAUAUGAAGAAAAAAUUAGAAAAAUAAGGGCAGAAGCUGAGAAGAAUAUAUUCAAAGAUGUGUUAGAUGUGAUUUGGAAGACAAUUUCAAGAGUAUGGCAUACGUUUUGGAAGUAAUGUAAUUUUCAUUCUUUCCCUUUAAUUUAGUACCAUUUGUUACUGUAGUGAAUUACUGUAUGUUUCCAAAGUUGACUACGACAAUAUUUCCCAUCUCCUGAUUUAUGGAGAUAUAGUUGACAAAUAAAAAUUGCAUAUAUUUACUGUGUACAGUGUGAUGUUUUGACAUAUGUAUACCUUGUGAAAUUAUUGAU